AAUUGGGUUGUGAUGAAAGACGAGUCACCCAGAAAGCGAAGUAGUUUUAUUUAUGCAAACUUGACAACAGGAAGGAACAGCCAUGAUGUCUUGUAUCAAUGUUCUCACAUGCCAUCACUCAAUGCCUUUGAUUGUAGCCAAUCUCAAACGAGUUCUUAUGAGCUUGGGAACUUCAUUAAAAUAAGCCACAACAUAUGCGCCUUUUGAUCAUCAACUUGCUCCUUCCACUCUAGCUUGUCUGUUUCACUACGUGAUUUAAGUCUUAAUCUCACUCUGCUAGCAGGUUUUUGUUUUGAUCUGAUCUUCUUGGUGGGGAAGAACAUGGCCGAUUCCUUUGAUGAUGAGUGUGAUUAUCUGUUUAAGGCCGUCUUAAUCGGCGACUCGGCUGUCGGGAAAUCCAAUCUUCUCUCCAGAUUUGCCAGAGAUGAGUUUCACUUGGAUUCUAAACCCACCAUUGGGGUUGAAUUUGCUUACAGGAAUGUCAAGGUUGGGGAUAAACUCAUCAAGGCACAGAUAUGGGACACUGCAGGGCAAGAAAGAUUUAGAGCCAUAACAAGCUCUUAUUACCGUGGUGCACUAGGCGCAUUGCUAGUUUAUGACAUAACUCGAAAGGGAACCUUUGAGAACUUGAAGAAAUGGCUGCAUGAGCUGAGGGAGUUUGGCAGCUCAGGCAUGGUGGUAGUUCUUGUUGGCAACAAAUCCGAUUUGGACCACUCGCGGGAAGUUGGCACAGAAGAAGGCCGAACCCUCGCCAAGCUAGAAGGGAUUAGUUUUCUCGAGACCUCUGCGCUCGAAAACUUGAAUGUCGAAGAGGCUUUUCUCCAAAUGAUUACUCAAAUUCACCAAGUUACAAGUCAAAAGACCUUAGAAGCAAAGUCUAAUGACAUGGGGAUGGGGGCGCCAACCCUCCAUGGAGCAAAGCAAAUUAUCAAUGUUGAUGAAGUAUCUGCAACUAAACAUGCAACCUGUUGUUCAUAUUGAAACAAAAGAGGUAAUUUUGUUUUGGAGAAUAGUGGGAUUAAUACCAAAGUGAAGGAACAUUAAGAAUCAAAGUCUUUUCUUUCUUUCUUUCUUUUUUAUUUUUUGCUUCUUUUCCUUGUGCGGAAAAUUAAAUAGUCGAUCCUAUCUAAUAAGAUAAAAAAGUUACAACGUU